AUGGCAAAAAAACCAAAAGGCAAAUUAGUUAAUAGUAAAGGUUUGAAGGGUGCUCUAGCACGUCUUGCUACCAAAGAAGAAUUGCUUAAGAAGAAAGAAAAAUCUCUUGAAAUUCAAAAGGACAAACAAGCAUUGAAAGAAAAGUCCAUUAAAGGUGGAAAAAAUAAUAAAAAGAAACCCCAACGUCAACAAAUUCAACAAAAAGGUUUACAGCCGUUCAAUAUAGAUGACAAGCUUCUACUUGUUGGAGAAGGUGACUUUUCAUUCGCAGUAUCUAUAAUCAAGGAAAAUUUUAUUGCACCAGGAAAUCUAAUAGCAACCAGCUUCGAUUCUAAGGAUGAGCUAAUACAGAAAUAUCCUAACGUAGAAGACAAUUUAAAUUUUCUUAUCGAAGAAGGAGUACAAGUACUUCACAGUAUUGAUGCGACUGACCUAGUCUCUUCUUUAAAAUUGAACCAUAGUGGUAAGAAUAAAAAGAAAGUGAAAUCUCGAUUAUUCUCUGACAACAAGAAUUUAGACUACAUAAUGUUCAAUUUUCCACACACUGGUAAGGGUAUAAAAGAUGUGGACAGGAAUAUCGUUGAUCAUCAAAAGUUAGUAUUGAAUUAUUUUAAAAGUUGUAGGGAAGUUUUCAAAUUGGUAAAUAAUGAUAUGGAGAAUGAUUUUGCAGGAUAUGCUUCUAGUGCAGUAAACGAAAAUAAAGGUAAGAUUAUUUUGACAUUGUUCGAAGGUGAGCCAUACAAUUCAUGGAACAUUAAAAUAUUGGGAAGAAGUGAAAAUUAUAAGGUUGAACGUUCAGGAAAAUUUAGUUGGCAAAUGUUUCCAGAUUACCAUCACAGGCGAACUAACAGUGUACGUGACACUACAAAACCUGCAGCAGAAAGAGAUGCAAGGAUAUACAUAUUUGAGCAAUUUACUAAAAAGGAGGAAGAUGAUAAAAAGAAGAGGGCCGCCGAUUCUGAUUCGGAUGAUUGA